UUUGUGGACUGAGUAGCUGCUGCUUCAAUGGCUGACCUGAUGAGGACUGUCGUCUGGAUCAACACCAGCGGGAAGCCACCCACACCGGUAUGUUGUAUUCCACAUUGAAGACACGACAUAACUGUCUCCAUUCUCCCGCCGAUACAUCCAAAUCAGCAAGCCAAGGCAACACAAUCGCAAUCAGUCAGCCAAAUCGAAAAAUACUUGUACACUCGAGGAGAGAAAAUCACUGUCUCGUUGGACUCUCGUGGGAGUCCAGAGAGAGCACCAAAAACCAUACAAGCCUUACACGGGUCGACCACCUUGACUCACUCACAAUCGCUGGAUGAAGCAAGAGGUGGAUGGCGGCUGGCCAAGGGCUUACAUUAGUACAGCCAUCACCCAGUUCACCGAUAGACACCUCUGCCUCGCUCGCACGAAAUAUAAAGUCAGUGACUGAUGUAGACCCAAGUGACCGAUGAAAGGCCCCCUCCCCCUCUUGCACUCUCCCGCCCCCGCUUCUCUCCUGCCAGAUCUGAGCGGGCAGCUGCCUGCUUCGGUUUCAGCAUAGAUCAUGUGCCUCGAGUCGAGUCUCACACGCCGUUCGUCAGACAUCCAGCUCUUGAGAGAUCUUCCGAAAUAUCGCCCUUCGGCUCUCUGAUAUUCGCCUGUAAUCAGCCAUCUGCACACACACAGGCACAGGCACAGGCACACACACCGACAUGACAACAGUCAUAUCUGCGUGGCUGCAGCACUGAUACGUUCAUUCAACUCAGAAAGGACCUCACUCACUCACUCACUCACUCACCCCGGCAUCCUGGGCGACACUCUCCUCCCCCGUCUCCUCGUCUGUCUGCGUCGACUCGUUCUCUGUCGGCACCCGAUGAUAUAAGUCGCUCGACGGCGUGAUGGCCCGGAGGUGUGCAUGCGGGUCCCGCGAACUGGAGAUGUCGUUGGCCCAUAAGCACAGGGCGCAUACGAUUGCCACGCAGGUGAUGAUAGCUAAGAUGGAGAACAUUAGAUGCCAAUUGCCACCGAUCCAGCCCUUGACAAGCAGCAGCACCAUCGCAGCAGUGUUGUCAGAAAUUCCCAUGCUGCUCAAUCACACACACACACACACACACAGAGGGAGAGAGGGAGAGGCCAUUGAUUGAUUAAUUGAUUGACGGACGAACGAAGUGACUCGGCGGGCCGGCUGGCCGUGCUGUUUGUUAUAUACAUGGAGCAGGCGGUCCCCUUCAGUCUUUUCCCGCCGAUCUCAGGCGCAAACACGGCACCUGCACUCCCACACGCCCCGCACAGAGAACCAGUCGUGUGGACACACACUCAGACAUAGAUGUGAUGAGCGGCUUGCUGACCGAUCAUUUUGUAGGGUCCGAACAGCAUGAGGCCCGCGACGGCCAAUGAUGUCACCGCCACGCCAAACGAGACAGUCCCGCCAUUCGAGUGCUUCCACAUUGGGUUGCUCGCGUUCCACAGCAGACCCAGACACACCAGCAGCACAAACAAGGGCAGCAGAAGCACUGACGCCCUGUGCCGCUUGGGCAGCCAGUCCCGCAAACGGCCGAUGACGAGCGUCGACACGCAGCCAAGCAGAGUAAAUAGCGCCGAUGCCCGUCCGGCCGUGGCGGCCGCGACGUGGGAGGUCAGGCAGUUGUGUGGGACCAGCUGCCGGUUGCCCUUAUUGGCGCAGAAGGAGUGGACGAGGAGAGAUGGCGAGUAGAGCAGGAAGAGCGUGCGGACACUGUAGAGGCAGCCCGACAGCAGAGCCAGUAGCCACAGGUUGGGGUGCUUGAGAAGGACUAUUGCCCGCUGCCUGAAGGGCUCCCUCUCCUCUUUUGUCUUGGUCUUCUGGAUGGCCGUUUCCUCCUCGCCCGGCGCGUUCUUGACGAAGAACACCACAGGCAGCAUCAGACAGAGGGCGAAGCCAGCAGCCCUGUUGCGUUGGAUCAAACAGAACACACAGACCCAUCCCAUGAGCGAGUGAGUCCUAGAAAUCGUUCUGUGUUCCCCGCACCAGAAGAAGAUUGUGCGCCAGGGAAACACGAUGAUGAUGCUGCUUAGGACGCUGCGGGCUAUGACGUCGCCUAACUGGGGCGCCAUGCUCACCAGCCUGACAAACGACAACAACCACCAGUGCAAUCGAUGCCUUUCGCUCGACGUCGUUGCAUCGCACCCCAUCAGUGUGCCGUAGUGUGCAGUGGGCACCCAGUUGGUGCAGAGCGCCACAACAGACACCCAACACAGACCCAGCGCGAAGUAGCCGUUAUAGGCCCUGCACGGCACGCACAAAGAGAGAGAGAGAGAAAAGCGGCACCAAUGGCAUUCCAUCGUCACCACAGCAAUACGGCGCCAGUCAGUCAGUCAGUGAGUCAUUGAGAGUGAGUUUGCUCACCAGACGAUGAGGAAGAGCGCAAACUGCCACCCGGGUGCCGCCAAGACGGUCUGGUGUGGGUGCUUGGGGUCUCUUGGAUAAGCCACGGGUGUCGGAUUCGUGUACACCAGGAGACCUACACGACAAGGCACCAAUCAACACACACACACACACACACAUGGAUGUAAUGAAUGUCCGGACAUUCCUUAAGGCAGUACCAAAGAGUAUGGAGGUCACCACAUAGCCGAGUCCGGCAAGGACAAAGACGAACUUGCCGCCCCGCGCGUCGCUCAGCACACCAGCCGUGACCUUGCCGAAGAUGCUGGCAGCGUAUGAGAUGGCCAGAAUGAUGCUCAGCCUGACGCAACAAGUCAUCCACACGAAGACGGCAGAUUGAUGUUCUGACGAGUGUUCUGGCAUGGCGCCUACCUGCUUGGGGAGAUGAACAGCUCUCCCUCAAACAGAGUCUCCACUAUGUAAAGGUCACUUAUCGCGAAAUCUGCUAACACACAGAGCAACAUCCGUCAAUCCCGAAGAGAUUGCCUCCCCUCGUGUUGUGCUGUGUACAUUUGCCGAAGUAUGCGACGCUGGCCAUUGCCAGCACCGCCCAGCACACGCCGGGCCGCUCAUGGUAGCUGAGAGUCCGCCGGCUGACCUCCUUGUGCACCAGCAAGCUGUCAGAUGCAGUCGCGUCGUUGGCCUCCUCUGCUGCUGAUCCGCUCGGUGCAAUUUCGACCGACGUGUCCGGUGUGUUGGCCAUGUGACGCUCUUCAGUGGCCCACACUGAGGCAGAUCUUCCAAUCAACAGAUCUUCACGGCAGCUUCCUACUUGCGCCCGAUACUGUGGUCCUCUCAGCCCGUCGUUGCCUGGUUGCGUCCGUGCGACCCCGAGCGAACGCCUGCGAGAUCUCCGC